AUGUCGCUUACCGAGUCUUCAGCUUCAGAAAUCGCAAGGAGUGCAUCCUUAGCAUCGCGUCGUCUGGCGACGCUUUCUAACGAUGCACGCAAUGAAGCAUUGACUGCGAUUCAUGCUGCUCUCUUAAGAGAAAGAGACAGUAUACUAGAGGCGAACGCAAGAGAUGUGGCAGCAGCUUCUCGUGCCGCAGCGAAUGGAGAACUCAGUCAAAGCGUCCUCAAGAGGCUUGACUUAUCUCGAACCGGCAAAUAUGAGGAUAUGCUCAAUGGCAUAUUGAGUGUCCGGGAUCUUGACGAUCCAGGUGUUUCUUUUCCGAAUGGUUUUGCUGAUUCUGGAGAAGUUGGGAAGGUGACCCUCAGGACAUUAUUGGACGACGGUCUUGUUCUAGAGAGAGUCAGUUGUCCACUGGGCGUUUUGUUAAUAAUCUUCGAGGCUCGUCCUGAAGUGAUCGCCAACAUUGCGGCGCUUUCUAUUAAAUCUGGAAAUGCUGCUAUUCUCAAGGGCGGGAAAGAAUCCACAGAGUCUUUUGUUGCUAUCUCGAAAGUCAUAUCGGAGGCUAUUUCGAGCACCCAAAUUCCCAGUUCUUCCAUUCAGCUGGUCAAAACGCGUGAUGUUGUUUCGUCCCUUCUCGCUCAGGAUUCGCUAAUUGAUUUAGUCAUCCCUCGCGGCUCCAAUGAUCUUGUUCGAUAUGUUAAAGAUAACACUAAGAUACCGGUCUUGGGGCACGCUGAUGGACUUUGUUCGGCAUACAUACAUUCAGAUGCAGACUUGGAAACUACUGUGCGGGUGAUAGUCGAUUCGAAAACAGACUAUCCGGCUGCUUGCAACUCUCUGGAGACUCUGCUUGUACACGAAGAUGUCCUUCACACAAUUUUGCCCGCUGUCGCCGAAGCCUUACAUGCCAAGGGCGUAUCUCUUCGCUGCGAUGCACCGUCAAAAGCUGCCUUAGAGAAGCAUUUGCCGACUUCACAGGCGGUCUUGUUACAGGAUUCCACAGAUAGCGACUACGAUACAGAAUUUUUGGACCUGAUUCUGGCUGUUAAAACCGUGCCGUCGGACUCGCAAUCGGGGUCCUCUCUCGAAACAGCCAUCGCUCAUAUAAAUGAGCACUCUUCUAAGCACACAGACAUCAUUUUGACUACGUCGAAGGAGGUGGCAGAGACUUUCAUGAGCGGCGUGGAUAGUGCUGGAGUUUACUGGAACGCGUCUACUCGUUUUGCCGAUGGCAUGAGGUACGGAUUCGGUACAGAAGUCGGCAUCAGCACGAACAAAAUACACACCAGAGGCCCGGUUGGCCUGGAGGGACUGACUAUUUAUAAAUAUCUUAUCAGGGGUGAUGGGCAUAUAGCAGCCGACUAUUCCGGGCGUCCAGGAAGCAGGAGAUGGAAGCAUCAGCCGCUGAAGAUUACAGAUGACAAUUCUACUUAA